CCUGCCGUGGAGGCGAGGCGGCAGCCUGGGACGGAGAGGCCAUCCCAGGAGAGGGCAGCGGCGGCAGCAGGGCGGCGGGGACGGCGCGCAGACCCGGCUUCCCAUGGAGUCGUCCGCUCCAGGCCCCGGGCUGGUGGAGCGCCUGGCGCAGCUGGCGACGUGUCCGCUGUGCGGGGGCCCUUUCGAGGACCCGGUACUGCUGGCCUGCGAGCACAGCUUCUGCCGCGCGUGCCUGGCCCGCCGCUGGGGGGCCCCCGGCCCCGAGGCGGCCCCCGCCUGCCCCAGCUGCGGCCAGCCCUGCCCGCGCCGCAGCCUGCGGUCCCACGUGCGCCUGGCCGUGGAGGUGCGCAUCAGCCGCGGGCUGCGCGAGCGGCUGGCCGAGCCGGGGGCCCGCGCCCGGAGGCGCCGCGGCGGCCGCAUCCCCACCAUGGGCAGCCUGGACGCUCCGGGAGAGGACAUGCGGGAGACAUGGAGAAGACUUGAUGCCCCCACACCCCAGUCAUCUCACUCUGAGGACGAGCUCCCCGAGGACUACCCGGUUGUCAGGAACAUGCUGCACAGGCUGGCGGCCGACCUGACCCUGGACCCUAGCACUGCCCACCGCCGCCUGCUCAUCUCCGCUGACCGCCGCAGCGUCCGGCUGGCCCCUCCAGGGACACCCGAGCCCCCUGACAGCCCAGCACGCUUCGAUCAGCUCCCCGCGGUGCUGGGCGAGCAGGGCUUCGGGGCGGGCCGCCACUGCUGGGAGGUGGAGACCGCGGACCCUGCCUCGGGCGGAGCCCCUCCUGGGGAGGACGACGACGUGGAGAGUCACUACGCCUUCGGUGCAGCUGGGGAGUCGGUGCAACGCAAGGGCCGCGUAGGGCUGUGCCCUGUGGGCUCGGUGUGGGCCGUCGAGGGCCGCGGUGGCCGCCUGUGGGCACUCACGGCACCCGAGCCCACCCCACUGGGCGGCGCCGGGCCCCCGCCGCGGCGGAUCCGCGUGGACUUGGACUGGGAGCGGGGCCGCGUGGCCUUCUACGACGGCCGCUCGCUGGACCUGCUGUUCGCCUUCCAGGCCCCCGGCCCCCUGGGGCAGCGGGUCUUCCCACUGCUCUGCACGCGUGACCCUCGCGCCCCGCUGCGCAUCGUGCCGGCGGAGGGCUGAGCCGUGCGCGCCUCCUUCCUCCUUCGGGCCCCGCCUGCUCUGGGGCUCGGAGGCCCUCCUGCAGGGACCUGUCCACACCCGCCCGCAGCGAGUUCCGAUGAGCAACCUGCCCACCCACAUGGGAUCUUUUCUCCCACACAGUGAGACUCAACUGAACUCGUUUCCACAUCAGUCCCAACGCCCCAUCCAUUGCACUCCUCUUCUCAGGAGCUUCUCCCCUCCAGCCCCUCCCCCAUCUACACUGCUCCAGGCUCUAACAAUAUUUCCCCUCCACUUCCGCCUCUGCUGGUCUCAACACAAGACCAGCCCCCCCCAGGCUUUCCUGCCCGUCCAUUCUCAGGCCUCUCCAGGGAAGCAAGACCUCCUCCUAGAAGCAAGAGGCUGGGCUCUGGCCUUAGGGUUCUCUAGGAAGCUUAAUGUCAAGGUUGGUGGUUCUUUUUAUGGGGGGAGGGGGUCCUACUUCAUGGUGACUGCUUCCCACGUUCAGUCUUUUCCCACGAAGAACCUUCUCUGAACUACCCCCUGUACUGUUCCAGUAAGAAGCCAACAGUAAGGCCCUAGCGCCAGUUUGGCUCUGUGGAUAGAGCAUCGGCCUGUGGACUGAAGGGUCCCAGGUUCGAUUCCAGCUAAGGACACAUGCCCAGGUUGCGGACUUGUUCCCCAGUAGGGGAUGUGUAGGAGGCAGCUGAUCAAUGGUUCUCUCUCAUCAUUGAUGUUUCAGUCUCUCUCCCUCGCUGAAAUCAAUAAAACAAA